UGCCAAUCAACACGAACGAUUUUCCACCUACCACUACUACCCCGUAACCGUGACUCUUGUCCAAUAAUCUGAUCGAACGAUUGUUUUUUUUUUUGUACGAAAGACAGUAAGAGGGGAAGAGAUAUUAGGAAGUCCAAUCACGCACGUUUUUCUUACCUCGCGUGAGCAACGCGACAUUGUGACAGUGUAGUGUGAGAGUCCGAAAAAAUCAGCUGGCAAGUUUGUCUGUCUUCUGUUACUUCUGUUACUUAUUCGUACGACGAAAUACGUUAUUAUAUAUUAACAAGAUUCACACACAACCCUGAAAAAUGAAUUAUUCAGACGUCGACAACAGCAGGACGAGUCUUCGUAGAAUCGCACGACAUGACGAACCAGAGUUUAGUUGCGCCAGCAUUUUGAACAGCAUGGAAAGAUUCGUCAAAACUGUUAGCGAAAUGGAAGAAACGAUUUUAAUACCAAGAAGACUGUUGGAUUUGACAGUAGGCGAUGCUGGUGAUACGAUUCGUUUGAAAGCUGGUAAUAACGUUAAAGAAACGUUAGCCAAUACGGAUUUGUAUCGUUUGUAUCACAUCGUUAAUCAAAUGAAAGUCGAAUUACUUUGGUCCAAAGAAGAUCGCGUACAACCCCGAGAAGAUGAAGAUGCUGAUAAAUCAGUUCUAGCUUAUCAAACCAGCACAGAAACUGCUAACAGAUUGGGACACGCACGUUGUCCAAGUACUACCUCGAUGCAAAGUAUACAAAGCGCAUCUUCUAUUGCAUCUUCUCUAUCAUCCGAUUCCGAGUCCGAAAUUGGAGUUGAAAAUGAUUCCAGUCUUGAGAACGAGGAGUGCAUCGAUCUAGCUAAUUCAUUUGCUAACAAUUUCAAACAUCAUUUACGAGGACUUCAUCGUAGCAUCAACAGGAUGACUGACGUUGCUCAAUAUCUUACGCUUCGAUAUCAAGUAGAUGUAGACGGCCAAAUCUGAUUUGGUAGUUUCUUUCCUACGAUUCGAUAAGUUUAACGACCAUUGAUCGCAUUAAGUCGUUUAUAAACUUGUACACAAGAAAAAAAAAAGCGAGUUUAUUCUAUACUUGUCGCCAAUGCACGUGCGUGCGCGUGCCUAUGCGAUAUACCCACACACACACACAUAUAUACACAUACACAAAUACAUCACCUUAUUCAGAUAUAUCUUCUUAGGGUUUAACGAUCGAAAUGUGAUUAACUAAGUGAGACCACUUCGUCUCACCUCAAAUUUAAUUGUUAGGACGAUGUGUCUCGUUUGGUCCAAACUUAGGAGCAAUUAUUCUUCAUAGAAGAUUUUAAUUGUUAAAAUCUAAACUACCUUAAGUAAUUACGUUGUUAAAACUAUCUUGACGAAUUUUAUAUAAAUUGAAAAUAAAAAGAAAAUAAAAGAACGUCCAUAGCUAAAAAAAAAAAAAAAUUUAUAGUCAAAAUAGAAUUUGGGGCUUCUUUUUCUCCAUAGAAAUAUGUUAAAUUGUUACAAAAGUUUAUAAUAUAUCAGAGCCAAUAAUUUGGCAACGAUAAUAA